UAGCUCUAACGGGGGACCUUCAAAGGUACAGAGCAAAUCAUUACAUCAACAUGGCGGCUGUGCGCGUCGGUGUGCUGCUCCCGUUGUUCCUUGUGCUACAUACGGUGUGUGUCUGUAGAGGUGUCCCGGUAGUGACCGAUGUCCAGUUGUCCGUUGAAGGGGACAUGCGGAACAUUACAGUGACGUACGAAGCGGAAAACCGACCUGUUGUGCUGUGGAAAGUCGGUGACUUUGUCAGCCAUCUGGAAAACACAACCCACACCUUUUCGGGAUCGGAAGGGGAAACAACUCUUCAUAUGUACAUAGAUCCGCAACGUAGAGACCGUCAACGACAAAUACUGACUUGCAUCUAUGGAGACGACUACGAAAUUAACUUGUUCUUCCAAGAGGGAGAUAUUCGAAACAGCCGGUUAGAGCGCAACACUAUCAACCCAUUGGUGUUCCGUUCUCAGCCAGAUGGUCUCGUAAACUUUGACGAAAAUGAACGUAUCAACUUCAGUCUGUCGUUAGAGUCUGAGAACCUUGGAUCGUUUGAGAUGGAUUUUACAGUGGGGAUACUAAGUUCUUUUGAUUACAGAUCGCUCCCUCCAUUAGAAACUCGCAUAUAUUCCAUUCCAUAUUUGGAAGAUCACUGGUUUCGUAGAAGGAAUUCUUUCAUCUUACCACCUCUGAACAUCACCCCCACGUCGACUAUAGAGCGCACCGUGGCGUCGAUCGACACAACGUUCCCUUAUACCGAGGGAGAGGUCAAAUUUGCGGUCCGGUUAGGUAUUAACUCUGCGUACAGCCUUCUUGAUAAAAUCAUUAUCAGGCGUUGGGUGUAUGUGAAGAAUCGUGGACACGUUUCACCCUUUCGGAACAGCGUCAAUUUUGUUGACGACCCUCAAAACAGGCACAACAAUGAAGUAAUUCACACGAGAUGGCCAUACACCCAGGUUGACGCCAUGGGUUAUCCGAAACCUGUCCUGAAAUUGUUCCGAGACUGUCGUGAGAUUACAGAACCGGAAGUGGAAACGUUCUCAAUUGGAACUGACUUUCGCAGCCGAAAGAUCUUCCGGUUCAAGAACGUUACAGAAGCCUUAAAGGGAGCGUACUAUGUGAGCGCGUCGAGCGGGGACACCGAAGUCUCGAAGAUGUACUACAUUUACGUCCUCUGAUAAUAGUCCUUGUUGAUGCUCUGUAAGCAUUUGCAAUGAAGUUCAAUAAAUGAUUCCUUGAUUC